AUGUCGUUGAAUUAUACAGCAAGAUCUACGUGCUACAAGGGUUGGACAACCUUGUGGAUCUUGCUAUUGCCUGGCAAGUCUGGUUCUGAGCUGCCUCUAACAAUUAACCAUAACAUUUGGUCUAGGCACUUUGAAAAGAUCAUAAUGGGGGCCUACCGCUGGCUUGCAGACAACUAUAAGGAAGGGGAUAGAAUUUUCCUGUUCGGCUUCUCUCGUGGCGCAUACCAGGUCCGCGCGCUGGCGGGCAUGAUCCACACAGUCGGAUUAAUUCACAAGGGCAACGAAGAGCAGAUUCCUUUCGCUUACGAGUUGUACGCAAAUCAUACUCCGUUGACUGCAGCUACCGCAACUGUCCCACCACCAAUCAAUCUCCCGCAACGUUUCAAAACGACUUUCUCAAGGGACAACGUGCAUGUUCAUUUUGUUGGCGUGUGGGACACUGUAUCUUCAGUGGGCAUUGUUAGGGGUAAAUCCCUUCCUUUAACCAAUUCUGCCGAGCACAUCUGCUUCUUCCGCCAUGCACUCGCGCUUGACGAGCGCCGGGUGAAAUUUCUACCUGAGUACGUAAACGGCGGCUCCGCGACCACAGGGAACACCACUGUUGUGCAAAAUGGCCGACCACGCAUCAAGGAAGUUUGGUUUCCUGGAACUCACUCUGACAUGUGGCUACGCAUUUCAUUCACAUCUUGUUCUAAUGCUAACACCGGGACUGUCAGUGGAGGGGGAAAUCGGGAUAAUCUUGACCUCGACCUAGGGGGGACGCCGUUUCUCUGGAUGUCGUUUGAGGCCGUUUCCAGUGGAUUGCGACUACAGUCGCCCAGGGUUGAGUGGCCUUGGGACAAAUUGCACGAGGUGCAAGAGUCACUGACAUAUACUUGGUGGAUUUGCGAAUGGUUCCCCAUCAAAAGGCUUUCGUAUGAGGGCCCUGAUUCUACGACCAACCUCUGGCAUCGAGGACAAGGACGAAAAAUAUUGUCUGGCCAAAAAUUACACUCGUCGAUCGCUUUUUGCCCUCAAGGUUACAAUCCCAAAGCAGCUUUACCUCAGCGACCGCAGCGACGUCGUUGGGUUGAGAUCGUUGCGGCAGGACAGAGAUUUGAUCAGGACUGGGCAGUUGAAUGGAAGGACAUCCUCGAAAUGGAUAUUUUUGACCAUGCCAUCAUGCCCGAGAUUGUCAACAAACUCAAAUUGGAACCAGAAGGCGACAACACCGUGUGGACUUAUCGACUAGAUAUAAUAACAUCUACAAACCAAGGGCGAGAGGCUUUGCUCGGCGUCCCAAAUGUCAUGCGCGAUCUUGUUCAGAUACUCGAAUAUGCAGUACCAGAGACUCGAAAGUGUGUUACGAAAGUCCUGGAAGACCUGGAGAUGUUCUUGUAUGGAGAGUCCUCUGAAAUCCAGGCGGAUGAUCUGGAGGAGGCAAUUUCCUACCACAGGGAAGCACUCACCUGUCGUCUUGAUACACACCCAGGUCGCUGUAGUUCCCUCAACAGCCUCGCGAUGUACCUCCAGGCUCGGUUUAACAAGCUGUCUUCCAAAGACGAUCUAGACGAGGCGAUUGGAUGUUACCGUGAAGUACUUCAUUUGCGCCCUUCUGACCACCCAGAUUAUUGCAUGUCUCUUACCAACUUGGCCAAUGCUCUUUUUGCCCGUUACGACUAUUCGAGAGUGAUGAAUGAUCUCAAUGAGGCGGUGGUAUGCUAUACGGAAGCAGCCGAUUCCCGUCCUCUUGGCCACCCAGGGCGUUACAACAACCUUGCGAAGGCUCUCCAGGCUCGCUUCAACCGUUUGGGUGAUUUAGGUGAUCUGCAGGAGGCGAUCGAAUACGAUUAUAAGGCUCUCGAUUUACGUCCCCCCAAACACCCAGGCCGCUCCCACGCGCUAAGCAAACUAGCCAAUGCCCUUCUUGCCCGCUACGAGCAAACAAGCAUGAUGGGAGAUCUGGAUGAAGCAAUCGAACGCAGCCGCGAAGUCCUCGAACUACGGCCGCCUGGCAACCUAGAUCGUUCCAGUGCGCUCAAUAACCUUGCCACUGCUAUUCUUGCCCGCUACGAGCAGCUAGGAAGGGAGAAAGACCUGACAGAUGCAAUCACGUUUUAUCGUGACGCUCUCGCUCUCCAAACCGAAGGCCCCUCAUAUCGUCCCUUUCCUCUCAGUAAUCUUGCCAGUGCUCUCCUCGCUCUUUAUCAGCACUCGGGUGAUAUGAAAGACCUGGAAGAGGCAAUCAAACUCCACAAUGACAGUCUUUAUCUCUAUUCUUCUGAUCACCCAGGAUACACACUCUAUUCUUCUGACCACCCAGGGUACUCCCACUCCCUCAACAAUCAUGCCAAUGGCCUUUAUCUGGGAUAUUUGCACUCAGGCAAUUUGGUAGAUCUGAAUCAAGCAAUAAAGAACUAUCUUGAAGUGCUGGCGCUCUGCCCUCGUGGUCAGCUGGACCGCCCCAGCUGCCUUAACAACCUCGCGAAUGCUCUACUUACUCGCCAUAAACAGUCAAACAGCGAAGAAGAUUUAAAUGACGCAAUCGAGCACCACCGCGAAGCGCUUGAUAUUUGUCGCCCUGGCCAUGUCGGUCGUUCGAAUUGCCUUCAAAGUCUUGCCAUCUCUUUAAUUGCACGGUUUGACCUAUCCGACAAAAUGGUCGAUUUAGAAGAAGCCAUCAGCCAUCUCCGUGAGGCACUCAUUUUACGUCCACUUCAUCCAGGCCGCUUCACUUCCCUCGACGACCUCGCCACCGCUAUUUUCACUCGCUUCAACAAGUUGCAUGAGAUGGAUGAUCCGGAUGAGAUGGGUGAUCUGGAUGAGGCGAUAGAAUUUCACCGUGAAGCACUCGCUUUACGCCCCCCUGGUCACCGGGCCCGUUUCGAGCCUUUGCAAAAACUCGCCUUUGCUAUUGUUGAGCGGUAUCAGCGGCUGCGCAACGAGGAUGAUUUGAACGAGGCGAUUCUAUAUGUCCGGGAAGCAAUUGAGCUUUGUCCCCCUGAUGACACAGAUCUUCACGAACUUCUCAUUGAGGUUGAUGCUGGUCUAACUGGGGACUUGGAACAAUCCGACCAUGAUCUUGAUGAGGAGUUGCCUGUGAUUGAGCAGCAAAUCGAUCCAUUACAAGCCUCGCAGACUUUGGACCUCCAACAGUGAACCUUAGGCAAUGUUCUUUUUGUUCGAACAUGACUGAAUCCAGUUUACGGAGUAUACUGCUACACCACCAUUGCUUUGUAUCUAGAUGAAUUCAAUGCCGAUCUUGCAGCACAAUAUAUGCGUCACAUGUUGCCACCUA